AUGGCUGCAAGACAGCAAAGACAACGUCGUGUUUUUAAGCGGCGAUUAGAUCCCUUUACGGAAUACAAUGCUGUGGGACUUAUCACACGCUACCGUUUUGAUAGACAAGGAAUUGAACAUAUCGGGACGCUGAUUGACGAUUUCGUUUCACCAGCAACAAGUCGAAAUUGUAGCAUACCAACUAAUUUACAAGUCAUGAUAGCUCUUCGCUAUUUCGCAACAGGAAAAAUGCAGUUAUGUAACGGGGAUGACUUGGGAAUUCACCAAUCCACUGUGUCUAGGAUUGUUCAAAGGGUCUCUACAGCCUUAACUCGACCACAUAUCAUUCAAAGAUAUAUAAAAUUGCCUACCGACGCUCAGACAAUUCACAGGCACCAGACAGACUUUCACGCAAUCGCCAAUUUUCCGGGAGUGCUUGGCGCUAUCGACGGGACCCAUGUUAGGAUAUUGCGUCCUACAGUUAAUGAAGAAGAAUUUGUUAAUAGAAAAAACUUCCAUAGUGUUAAUGUGCAACUUGUCGUGGACGCACAUUGUCAUAUACUGGACAUAGUCGCCAAGUGGCCAGGGUCAACACAUGACGCAAGAAUUUUGCGAGAAAGUGGCAUUAGCCAAUUAUUUCAAACACCCGGACUAAUUCCUGUUAAAUGUCACCUUCUCGGUGAUAGUGGCUAUCCGUGCAAAAACUGGAUCCUGACUCCCUUCCUUAACCCUGCAACCCAACAGGAAAGAAGAUACAAUGGGUAA